AUCUCGCUAUUUUCCCGACAUACCUUUUAAGUUGUUGUCAAAAUAUUAUCGUUUGUACAUUUUCGCGGAAGUUAGAAUUGUGUAGCGAUAAUCAAUCGAUUCAAUGAUCAGUCAUGCCAAUGACGUUCAACAAGUAAUUUUUUAACAUUAUACUAAUGCCCCAGGCUAAGAAAUAAGACAUGCACAGGGUGUGGUCACACCUCACUGGCCUAUCCAUAUGGGGUCUAUGCCCCCCUCUCGAUCACACCUCUUUCUUUUCUCAGGUCAGGUCGUAGGUUUUAAGUGCACAUUCAUGAUUCAGGAAACUUCCUAGAAUGGGUUAAGCCUAUUUACUGCCCUGUAGCCCGGGCAUCGCCCGGAGACAAAACCAGAGCCCGGAAGUUAAUGCCGCGGUAUAUAUUGUUCAUAUUUGGCACAAAGAUAAACCUCGGGAUGGUGCAUUUAUAGGCCCUAUAUGUUAAAAAAAUAAAUGUAGGGAAAAUAUUUUUUCACAAAAUUGCAUUUUUCAUGUUCGGGCUGUACAUAACGAAAUCUGUAUUCACCGCCCGAAGAAGGAAACAUCAAUUAAUCAAUUAAAUAUGGCAUAUACAAUCAUAGAAUUUGACAUAACAAUACCUAUAAGUGUCAUGUAUUUAAAUAUGUUAAAAAAAUAAUAAGGGUACAAAACGAAAAUAAUUUUUAAUAACCACUGCGCCACCGAGGCCGGUAAUACUUUAGAAGGUCUGGAGAGCUUUGGAGUGGUAAUUUCAACUUGGCAAAUGUUGCAUUUCCAAAGUGUCGGAACACUGAAGCACGAGACACGAGGGUAGAAUUUGACCCUGCAACAAUGGAGCUGGUACCUGUUGGUAUUCAAUCCACAAGUUCAAGUAUCAGCAGAGAAGAAGCAUGAACAGUACACCACCAUUCACGAUACGCAUCCACAAUGAGCAAGGACAAAAUGACAUGGACUGGAUGGUGCAACCAGAUGAAGUCACAUUCAGACAGAUUUUGGAAGUUAUGUCACAGAUUGUACCCAGCGGAACUAUAACAGCUUUUGAAUAUGAGGAUGAGGAUGGUGACAGGAUAACUGUGCGGAGUGAGGACGAAAUGAAGAAUAUGUUUGCCGAUUAUUUCAAGGAAAUGAGUGAUGAAGAUCGGUACAGAGGCUUGUUUCCACCAUUAAUAAUAUACCCAAAACAUGGCAAGACAGCACAGAAACGCAACAUUCAUGACUUAACAUGUAUAGUGAAACCGAGAAAGCCACCCGACCCACAUGAACUCUGUGGAAAAGAAGCUGCUGUCCUCAAGAAACCAACGAACAAAGAAGAAAACGUGCAGCCAAUAGUGUCAUUGAGCACUUCUCAUCGGAACUCUUUUGACAUCCGUGAUGUUCUUGCCUGUGGAACAAUAACUGAUGAUCUGCAGGUUUUAGAAUUCAUUGGAUCUGGUAACGGUGGUAGAGUAAGCAGAGCAAUUCACAAGCCAUCUGGUCGACUGCUGGCAGUCAAGGUAAUACAGCUAGAUAUUUCACCUGAAGUGCAGAAACAAAUUAUUUCAGAAUUGGAAGUUUUGUAUAAGUGUCAGUCUAGAUCAAUUAUUGCAUUUUAUGGUGCUUUUUUCCUGGAGAACCGGAUAUCAAUUUGUACAGAAUUUAUGGAUGGUGGUUCUCUUGACAAAUAUAUGCCGAUUCCCGAACUGGUGCUUGGCCGAAUGGCAGUGUAUAUUAUAGAUGGCUUGCUGUACAUGUGGAAUCUCAGCUUUUUACACAGAGAUAUAAAACCUUCCAAUGUUUUAGUUAGUUCUAAGGGAGAUGUGAAGCUGUGUGAUUUUGGGGUCAGCACGCAGUUGGUGAAAUCUAUAGCAAUAACCUUUAUUGGUACCAACGUUUACAUGGCUCCUGAGCGGAUUCAAGGUGAAAAAUAUUACAUCCCUGCUGAGGUCUGGAGUUUUGGUGUCACAUUGUUUGAGCUUGCAACAGGCAAACUCCCUUUCCAAUCUAUUUCCAGUCAAAUGAUGCCCUUUGACCUGAUGAAGUGUAUUGUCCAUGAAAAGCCAAUGAAUUUGCCUCAAGAUAUAUUCUCACCACAAUUUGUAAAUCUAGUUGGUCAAAGCCUGGUAAAAGAUCCAAGCCAAAGGUUAACUGCAGCAGAAUUAAUGAAUCAUCCAUUUAUCCAGCGACACACAGAUGGCAAUAUAACUGUCAUUGCUGAGUUUAUACACAGUCGACUACAGAAACCGUGAUGGAAGUUUGAACAUUUUAACACUACGGAUGCUACAGAGAUUUUAUGAUGUAGCCAUUAUUUGAAAACUACUGUGUAACUUAGCUGUAUGUUUACAGCAUAAAAAAUAUAUUAUAAACCUAACAUGGCCUAGCUGCUGAAUGGGAUGACUUAAAAUGCCCCUGAUGUGUAGGGUCUCCACAAGUACAUGGACACGGGCAGAGUCUAGCAAGACUUGAGUCCGUUCACAGAACUCAAGUACAAUGUACUUGUGCAAGGAAGAGCACUCUCAUUUAAUUAUAAUGUUUUAGUCAUUUUGUCAUAUGUUUGUUGUCGGUUACAUGAUAGGGCUAUGAGAAUGUGUCGAAUGCAAUACAAUGUCAAGAUUUGGCAUCCAUGUUCAGUGCUGGAAUUAAGAUACAUAAUGCUAUUUUACUUCAUUCCUUAAUCACAUUUUCAUCAACUGUAAGUGUUGGGUUGACCAUCGAGUACUUGAGUCCAAUAUUUUGGACUCGUAGAGGCCCUACUGAUGUGUAGUGAGUCAUUGGUGGAUCUUUACAAGGACAUUUUUGAAAUGAUCUAAUUUGCCUGGUGUCUUUGUGUUAUAAGUGUUUUAAGCUGUUCACACAUGCAACGUUUUAAGCACUAGGUUAAAACUGCCUGUCAUUAUUACAAGAUGGACGUGAAUAACAGUUUAUCAAAAUCAGUGACUAAAAUUACAUAUUAAAUACAUUUUUGUUUGUUUAGAGUAUCAAUAUCAGUGUUUUUGAUCAUCAUAAAGUUUUUAGUAGCCCAAACGGGAUUUUAUCCCCUUCCAGUAAUUUUGUACAUAUGAAAAAAAAAAAAAAGUAAAAUACCUUUUGAGCUAUCACAUGCAUUAUAAUGAUCAGAAACACAUGACAUUCUAAAGUAGAAAAUAGAUGUCAUAUGUUAUCUUUGUCAUUAAAGGGAUUGUUCUGAGUUUGUUGCCUACUAACAGGAACUCUUUUUUUUUUCUCACUAAAAUAGCAUAUUAAAUAUUUUUCAGUGGCUGUAUAUAUAUUAAAUGUCUUUCUGAUCACCCUAGUAUUUGUACUAGGUCAAAUUGCAUUUAUUUCCU